AUGAUUAUUGCUGCUUGGAAUGUCAGGGGUGCUGGUAAAGAUAAAUGUGCUAGUACUAUUAUGGACUUGAAAAAAGCCUACGACAUUGAUGUUUUUGCUAUUCUUGAGCCUAGAAUUAGUGGUCCUAGGGCUCUCAGAGUUGCGCAAAGUCCGGGUUUUUCCCAUUACCAUAUUAUUGAUGCUAUUGGGUUCUCUGGUGGUGUCUGGUUGCUAUGGAAUGAUAACUCUGUCUCUCUUCAAGUUGUUGCUCACUCAAGCCAAUCCAUUACUGCCCUUAUCCAGUCAAGUAACCAUAAGUGGCUCCUCACAGUGGUGUAUGCUAAUCCCUGUCCUGGGGUUAGAGAAGCUCUGUGGAAGUACUUUGAUGGCCUUGCUCUUGCUUCCUCUCUUCCUUGGCUUGUGAUUGGUGAUUUCAAUGACACUGUAAAUGCGACUGAAAAAUGCGGUGGAAACACAAACCAUGGUGGUAAGUGCUUUAUCGACUGGAUUGAGCGUAAUCACCUUGUCGACUUAGGUUUCUCUGGUGCUAAGUACACUUGGUGUAAUAAAAGGAAUGCGGAGGGUAUUAUCUGGAAAAGGCUUGAUAGGGGGCUGUGUAAUAUUGAUUGGCGCAUGUUGUUUCCUGAUGCUCAGCUGUCUCAUCUUCCUAGAGUCAAUUCGGAUCACUGCCCUAUUAUGGUAAAACUUGCUUCUAAUCACCGCCCUGAUAGUGAUAAUGUCCCUUUUCGUUUUCAAGCUAUGUGGAUGUCCCAUCCAGAUUUUAAUGAUUUUAUUACUGAUAAGUGGAAUUCUGGAAAUGGCUCUGCUAUGGAAAAAACUACUUCUCUUGUGUCUUCUCUUAUCUCCUGGAAUAGACAGAUUUUUGGUUGUUUGUUCCAACGGAAAAAGACUAUUCUUGCCAGACUUGCAGGUAUCCAAAAGAAGCUGUGUGUGUGCCAUAAUCCUUUUCUCCACAAUCUAGAAAUUGAAUUAACAAAUGAUUAUAAUCUCAUUCUUGAUCAGGAAUUUUGGCUUCAAAAAUCCAGAAAUACUUGGCUCAAAGAAGGUGAUAGGAAUACUCAUUUUUUCCAUCUAUCUACAGUCAUCAGAAGAAGGAGAAAUAAAUUGGAAGGCUUAAACAACGACCAAGGUAUUUGGAUUACUGAAAAACAUGCCAUGAAACAAAUAAUUGUAAACUAUUUCCAAGGUCUGUUCGAUGCCUCGGGUUCUGUUGCUGAUUACAACUCUCUUCCUCAGUUAUUUCCUCAUCUCGAUGAGGCGGACCUUGAUUGGUUAAGUUGUCCUAUCUCUGAUGAGGACAUUAAGAACAGCCUUUUUUCCAUUGGUGGCCUAAAGUCUCCAGGUCCUGAUGCCUUCCCUGCUCUUUUUUACCAGAAUUUUUGGGAGGUCUGCUCCCCCGAUAUCACUGCUUCUGUUAAGAACUGCUUCCAAACAGCCACCCUUCCAGACCAUCUCAAUGAGACUUUUAUUGCCUUGGUGCCUAAAGUUGAAAGACCUGCUUCCAUGACUCAACUUAGGCCUAUUAGUCUUUGCAAUACCCUCUACAAAGUGGUCUCCAAAAUUAUUGUGGCUCGCCUCCGUCCCCACAUGGCUAAGUUGGUCAGCCCGAACCAGGUGAGUUUUGUUCCUGGGAGGCAAAUAACAGAUAAUAUUAUUAUUGCCCACGAGGUGCUUCACAAAUUCAAAAUUACCAAAGGCAAAAAAGGUUUUAUAGCUUGGAAAAUUGAUCUUUCUAAAGCUUAUGAUCGCCUUCGUUGGCCUUUUAUUAGGGAGGUCCUAUGGGAAAUCGGAAUCAGAGGAAGAACCCUGGAGUUGAUAAUGCAAUGUAUCUCCACUGUUCAGUACAAAGCUAUCCUCAAUGGGGAGCUAACUGAUCCUUUCAACCCUCAGUGUGGAAUUAGACAAGGGGAUCCCUUAUCCCCUUACAUUUUUGUGCUGUGUAUGGAAAAACUUUCUCAUAUCAUCCAGCAAAAACUCCAAGACAAAACCUGGAAACCUGUGCAGAUUUGCCAAGGAGGACCUACUAUCUCACACCUUUUCUUUGCUGAUGAUCUAAUCCUAUUUGGGGAGGCUUCUACUCAUCAAGCUCGUCUGAUGAAGAAGUGUCUAGAUGAUUUCUGUGAUAUCUCUGGUCAAAGGGUGAGUUUUGAAAAGUCCACUAUUUGUGUCUCCCCAAACAUCCAUGCGGACUUGGCUUCCUCCAUUGCCACCAUAAGUGGCUCCCCGCUCACUACCAACCUUGGGAAGUACCUUGGCGUUCCUCUUAUUCACACCAGAGUAACUAAAAACACCUACCAAGAGAUUAUUGCCAAGGUACAAAAGAGAUUGGCUUCUUGGAAAAGUCACACCCUCUCGAUGGCUGGCCGUAUGACCCUUCUCCAAUCUGUUACUGCUGCAAUUCCUCUGUAUACGAUGCAGACUGCUAAGUUGCCUUCUGCUGUUUGUGACAGGCUAGAUCAACUCAACAGAAAUUUUCUUUGGGGCCACACCGCUGACACUGCCAAGACUCAUCUUGUGAAUUGGGAGACUGUUUGUAAAACUAAACUUGGUGGUGGGUUGGGGAUUAAAAAAGCUUCCUGGAUGAACCAAGCUCUUUUGGCUAAAACUGGAUGGAGAAUUCUUCAGCAUGAACAGGGCUUGUGGGCUAAGGUCUUCAAUGCCAAGUACCUGAAACAUCAUGAUAUUUUAACUGCUAAGGAUUCUCAAUUUCCUUGCUCUUCCAAUGUUUGGAGGGGUGUUCUCUAUGGGACUCCAGUGCUAUCUCGGGGUCUUAAAUGGCGUGUGGGCAAUGGAGAUAAUGUGAUGUUUUGGACUGAUAAGUGGCUUAGUUGCGGGCCUCUACAUCAAUAUGCUCUCAAUGAUCUUUCACAGGAUAUGUUGCAUUCAAAAGUUAGUGAUUUUCUGGAUGAUGGUGUCUGGGAUCUGAAUAGCUUAAGGGAAUGUCUUCCUGACAAUAUUAUUCAAUUGAUUCUCAGUGUUCAUGCUGGUUUUCAGGGUAGUGGGGCUGAUCAAUGUAUUUGGCAGUUCAAUCCUAAUGGUACAUUCUCUGUCAAUUCUGCUUAUAAUACUUUCCUCACUGAUGAGAAUGCAGUUGCUUGGAAAUGGCACUUCAUUUGGAAGCUCCCCCUCCCCCCUAAGGUGAAAACCUUUUUAUGGACUGUUUGUCAUAAGAAAUUACUCACUAACGUCCAACGGCAGAGGAGGUGCCUCACUCAGGUUCCCACGUGUCCGAGAUGUGGCUAUCUAAUGGAGACUAUUGCUCACCUUUUCAAGGAUUGCCCCUCCUCUCUUGACAUUUGGAAUGCCCUUAGAUCUGGUGUUGGUAACAACAUGGGUUCUAUGGACUUUGAAGAUUGGCUUUUGUUGAAUCUGCAAUCUAAAAAUAAGGUAAAUCAUGGGUUACCUUGGCAGCUGGUUUAUGCUACCUUCUUGUGGUUUGUCUGGAAAUGGAGAUGCAAAAAAGUCUUUGAUCAAAAUUUUAUUAUGCCUCUUGAUCCCCAUACUUUGAUUCUCCAGUAUGCGUUGGAUUGGGCUACUGCCACUAGACCCUCCUCUAGCACCUGUAUUCGGACCGUUACUUUUCUUCAUUGGCAAGCACCUUUGCUUGGUACUUGCAAGGUCAACACUGAUGGAAGUCGAAAUAAUACUACUGGAAUGAUUGGUGCUGGUGGUUUAUUAAGAGAUGCUGAUGGUGCUUGGCUCAAGGGAUUUACUGGAAAAUUGGGAGUGGGUUCUAUCCUUGAGGCAGAAUUAUGGGGCAUUUUCUGGGGGCUCUCUUUAGCUUGGGAUGCUGGGGUUCGGGAUGUGGUGAUUGAGUGUGACUCCACAUAUAUACCGUGA